CUUAAAUUGCUUAGCUAGACUAUUAUUAUAAUUUACAUACCCAACCUAAAAUGUCAAUGUUAGUUUUAAAGCUUUAUUUUAUUUAUUUAUACUUUGUAAGAAUGAUACUUUCUAUGUACAAAUUUUAAUGGAUUGUACAGUACAGUUAUUAGGUGUAUAAUUAGUAUGUACUAUGUUUUUGUUCAUAGAUUUUAAAAUAAUACGAUUACGUUUUUCGUUCUUUCAGGAACCAAUCUAUAUCCCCAUCAACCAGCUUUUGACCACCCUAAGAUUCUAUGCAACCAACAACACACAAUUAGCCACUGGUGAUUUCAGUGGAUUUAGUGUAUCAACAGCACAUAGAAUACACCGAGUUAGUGCAGCUAUAGCAUCGUUACAUCAAGAAUAUGUAAAAUUUCCUACUAAGAGGCAGGAAAUACAGCAAGAACAAAGUAACUUUUAUCAAAUAGCUAAGUUUCCUAGAGCAAUAGGAGCAAUGGAUUGCACCCAUGUUAGGAUAACAUCUCCAGGUGGAGAUCAGGCUGAAAUUUUCAGAAAUAGAAAGGGAUAUUUUUGUAUUAACGUCCAGACUAUUUGCAAUGCAAAUAUGGAGAUUACUGAUAUUGUUGCAAGAUGGCCAAGGUCAUGUCACGACAGCACUAUUUUUAAUAAUUGCUAUCGAAAAGCCAUCUUUUAUGUUAGACAUAAUGGUGAUGCGUUAUUACUUGUUGAUUAUGGAUAUGCUUCCACAUCCUAUACAAUGCCUCCACUAGAAAAUCCAAAGACUCCAUUAGAACAUCUAUACAAUGAGUCACAAAUUAGAUCAAGGAAUCCUAUUGAAAGGUCUUAUGGAAUUUGGAAACGGAGAUACACGUCGGAACUAUUUUGAUGAUUACGAUGACAUCGAUAUAAGCACAAGGUUUCGAUUGUCAAAAGAAUCUGUUUUGACUAUUUUAGAAAUCAGAGGGCCUACCAUCAUCUUUUAUCGAGCGACUCAGUAUUGAUUCAGUUCAAUAUAGGUUCCUUAACUGAAUCGGGUUAUUUCGUACCAUCAUGUCGUUAACUCACUAUCGCAAUUGAGUCGGAACUCGGUGGAUGAGUGAAUGAAAUUUGUCUCUGGUCUGUUCGCUACACAACAAAUUAAAAAGGGAUAGCCCUAUAAGCACUGUAUAAGUGUGUUUCGCUUGUUCAAUACUUCGAGUUCUGCGUUCCGAAACCUUAGUUAGUUAUUUCCCGAUAAGUUACUGUUUAUUUUGGUUAAAAUGAAAUAAAUUAAAAAUGACUAAUAUAUACGAACUGUUAAUAAUUUAAUUGAAAGGCGGGUAUUAACUCGCUACAAACUUAAUUUAAUUCCUUGAUUUAGGUGAAAAUAUUUUAUCAUUUGUAUUAUUAUAAAACUAAAUUUAGAUUUCUGUUUCGAAUUAAAAACGCACCUCUCGCUUUUGACAAAAGUGUCGAGUUGCGCGGUUAUUGUUUAUGUUUUAAAUUCUUAUAGUGUUACACUGUGUUGUGAUUAAAGUUUUUUACAUAUGUGUUGUGUAAUAAAUAAUGGCGUAGGUAUGCGUGUAAGUUCCAAUGCAUUUUUAAGUAAUUAUUAAACUGAGGGGAAAAACAAUUCUAAAGAUAUAUAACUUUAAGAAAUAAAGUGAUUUAAGUGC